UUCUUCUUGUGCCCUCCCACCAUAUCACGUUCCUAAUACCUUCUCCUCGUCUUCCAUAGGCUUUUCCUCCUCCUCUCUGUACUUCUCCUCCUCCCUCCGUCUCUCCACAGGACGCUCUUGUUUUCUCCUCCUCUUUUCCUAUUCGCCUUCCUCCGUCUUCGUCUCGUGUCUCAUUUUCUUGAGUCCGCCCCUCUCCCGGCUUUGCGCGUAACUGCGUCUGUGUUGCGCGUCGGUUAUCAUCCAUCAGCGUCUCGUUGCUUUGCUCAUCUUUUCUCCCUCGAUAAGUGCGGGAUCAUAGCCGGCUGUUUUUAUUUGGCACCAUCAGAACACUAGGCGGCGUAGCUGGUGCACAGGCUGGAGCGUUUCGCGACAAUAUUCACCCACCGUCACCACGACCACGACUCAACACUUGCCAACGUUGUGUCCAUUCAUCCACCGCAUCUUGCGAGCCGAAAAAAUCUUCGCGGAUCUUUUCAUAGCGCUCUAGUCGUAUACGCAAACAUUUCAUUCGACUUUGUUGCGGCUCUUGGGAAACAAGGCAUACGAACGAACGUGUUUGCGCUCGUUUUAAACUCGAAGUUGUUUUUUCGCCACUCUGGUUCUGACAAGAUUUGUGUGUGAGUGUGUGCACGUACCUGGCUGUUCUGACUAUUUGCUGCUGCUGCUGCUGCUACUGCUGUUGGAUUAAGUUGCGAAAUUGUUCUUUACGUACAGCCCCACGAGCGCGUUCCAUUGGAGAAGAUUUUUUUUUCCUCGCUCUACCAUCACCAAAAGGAGUUUUCACGAACGCCAGCGGGAAUAUUCUGCAACCACCCGGCGAGCGCACGCAUUAUCGCUCGCAAUCAUGGAGGACGUUAACUCUACUGCUCCAGCAUCCGCCGCACCGAUGCCCCCAGGUGCGCCUGGCUUUGACGGUAACGGUCAAACCCCAGGUCUGCCACCCCUCAACAUUCCACCCAACACGAAUCCGCUUCCAACCGCCAUCACCUCGCCAAUGAGCGGUGGUGUCACUCCUGGGCAGCCACGGCGAGCCGCUCCAGAACCGAACAAGCGUGCGCUUUAUGUGGGAAAUUUGAACCCUCAAGUUUCGGAGGACCUCCUGCGGCAGAUCUUCGAGACGUCUGGCCAUGUUGUUAGCGUCAAAGUUAUCCCGGACAAAAAUCUCAAAUCAUCUGGCCUCAACUACGGUUUCGUCGAGUUUGAUGAUCCGUCGCAUGCUGAGAAUGCGAUGCAGAAUCUCAACGGCCGCGUCAUCUUGGGCAACGAGAUUCGUGUUAAUUGGGCGUACCAGAACAAUAACUCCAACAAGGAAGAUACGUCUAAUCACUUCCACAUCUUUGUCGGUGAUCUCAGUAACGAAGUCAACGACGAGACUCUGCUACAGGCGUUCAGCGCCUUCGGCAACGUCUCCGAGGCCAGGGUCAUGUGGGACAUGAAGACAGGACGAACCCGAGGCUACGGCUUUGUCGCCUUCCGUGAACGCGAGGCAGCCGAGAAGGCUCUUGCUAGUAUGGAUGGGCAAUGGUUAGGCUCUCGCCAAAUCCGAUGCAACUGGGCGAACCAAAAGGGUCAGCCAUCGGUGCAGCAGCAAACCGCCAUGGCCAUGGCCGGCAUGGCACCAUUCCAACAGCACAACCCCUUUCCGACACAGGGUAUGGCUUCGUAUGAGCAGGUCGCUGCUCAGACUCCCGAAUGGCAAAGCACUGUCUAUGUGGGCAACUUGACCCCCUACACGUCCGUCAACGACCUUGUUCCUCUUUUUGGUAACUACGGUUAUGUUGUUGAGACACGUUUCCAGGCUGACCGUGGUUUUGCCUUUAUCAAAAUGGAGAACCACCAGAAUGCUGCUAUGGCUAUCUGCCAGCUCAAUGGAUACAAUGUCAACGGACGCCCACUGAAGUGUUCGUGGGGCAAGGAACGUCCACCUCCGCAUGCCCAAGGUGCGACUGGUGGUGCACAAUCUGCUGGUGGAUAUGACAGCUACCCGCCCAGCGCAGUGCCGAACUCUGCAUAUCCGCCACAAACGCCUGGGGCUUAUGGAUACGCUCAGUACGCAGGACCUCAGUCUGCUACUUCGCCACAAGGUCCGUACCCAGCCCAGCCAGGCUUCCAGCAAACUCCUGGUGGAUAUGGCAGUCCCGCUGUACCCCAGGGAGGCUACCAGCAGCAGAGUUACGGUCAGGGCCAGGCCCAGCAACCUGGGUACGGACAGCAGCCUGCUCCGGGCGGAUAUCAGCAACAAGCGUACGGUGCCUAUCGCCAGUGAAGAUAAGACGUCGGUGUAACAUGAGCCGAACGUUUGAUCGGUGGAUGGCUGCUGUCUCCAGGUUCCUUUCUCUACACAUUGAAAUGACACCACUACCUCACGUCGCUCUGCAACCAACUCUGCCAAAGUUUUGCUAGUGCGGACAAGUCGACUUCCAAAUGCUUUGCACGACCACUAUUCCACUUGACGAACUCUCAGUUAUACACGCGAUACAUCUAUUAUAUACGCACCAAAAGCAUUCGUUUUCUCUAGCAGUUCUCGACUCAAUAUACUCGCCGAUCUAUUGCACAUCACAAACUGACACUCGUGGCGCAGAUUGGCGCGCAUGGCGACUCUUACUACGGAUUCAUGCCUUCAUUUCCCUCGAUACACGGCGUAAGUCGCAAAAACAUUUGUGGUUGCAGAACCAAUUUUCUCUCGUCAACAAAUAGGAAGAACAAACAUCAAAAGCAAAGGAAUAUCUCAGUGGUUUAAACAGGUAGAGACGGGGUCUGGCUUGUGAAGAGACCUUCGUUCGUUUGGCUGGUCAUUUGAUUUCUGGCUGCACUCUUGCACUCUGGCGGUAAGGAGGGAGGUCUUUGGGGUUUUGGAUUUUCUUGGGGGACGUAUUUAUUCUUUCAUUAUGCUUGUCCUCCUCAUCCUUUGAAAUACCCACAACAUCUUUUCUUAUGCCUUCUCUCUUGCUUCUGAAAGUUUGUUUUGAGAAAUUCGAUAAUCUCUUUCCGCAACGACACCCUUUUUUGACAUGAUACGGCAAUUGUGCUGCGUUCGCUUACUGUGUAACUGCCUGCGCUCACUCACUCGCUCGCUGUCUCCGUCUCUGCGAAGAAAAGCGAGGGAAAAAACAGAAAUAAGUCGACGAUGUAAUCUGCUUACGGAGUUAUCUGCCUUUGCAGUGCUUUUACUACACCUACUUGCUUAUUGUCUUGUGGGCAUCCAGGCUCAGUCAGCCGGGAACACGCAUGCACAGUCGAUAUGUAUCCUUUCAUAUAUGCUCCCAUAUCUUUCCCGUCUUCCCCCC